AUGGUAGGAAGUGAGGUAUCGGCAAGGCCAAGGCUUGAAGAGCAAUGCCCAGUUUGCGGUGAUCGCGUAUCCGGCUACCACUAUGGGUUACUUACUUGUGAAAGCUGUAAAGGUUUCUUCAAGAGGACUGUCCAAAACAAGAAGAGUUACCAGUGCGCAGCAUCCUCGAACUGUCCCGUCGACAAAGCAGGUCGUAAACGGUGCCCACGAUGCCGCUUCGCAAAAUGUCUCCAACAGGGCAUGAAAAUAGAAGCUGUUCGCGAAGAUCGCAUGAGAGGGGGACGAAAUAAGUUCGGCUCCUACUACAAAAGAGAUCGUGCCCAACGAAUGCAGCGAAGCUCACUGAAGGACAAUGCAAUCGCGGAUUUGGCUGGGAUGGAACAGACUGUAACCAGUAGUACCGAGCCGGUGGUGAUGCCUUAUCCGGACGACAAAUCUAAGGUUAAAUCCGAAUACGAUUCUGUCCUGCAGUGCUUGACUCUAUCCAGCAGUACUCAGGUUCAUCACGCACCUCCCGUGCAAGCAGCACCUAGACCGCCACCGAUUAGCCAGGAGAACGAAGGACUAGCUGGACUUCUCGGCUGCUCCAUCGACUUUCCAAACUACCGUAUCAAACCGGAGCCAUUCGAGCCAUCUACAACAACUACUGAAUUUCAGCAGCGGCUACCGUAUCAUGCUCAUCCAAUUGACGACGGAGCAUUCCGAGACAAUCGCAUUCUUCCUGUAUGCUCAACACCAUCCGAAAAGCACGUGGGCAGUGAAUUUGAACGUUCUUCAUCGACACUCUCCAUCAUGCAUGACUCGCUACCGGACGACUCAAGACUUUAUUGUCUGCUGCAUAAAUGGCCAAGAUGGGAACCAUUUUCAUUUUGUGUCUCAGCGGUCGAGGACAAUCUUGGACAGCUAGUGGCCUGGGCAAAAGCAGCGCCGUACUUUCGUGAACUUGAGAUGGCUGAUCAGAUGCAACUUUUGCAUGCGAGCUGGGCUUCCGUCCAUAUCUCCGACUUCACCUACGCAGCAGUUGUUGGCGCAAUACCUGCUAGCAUAAAGAUGAAUAACGGAAUAGAAGUUCCAUCUGGACUAGCGGCGGUUAUGGGCGAUUGUUCACUACUGACGCUGUGGACUGACAUCGUUCACCUCCUAGCAAGUCGCGGAUUCACAAGAGUAGAUCUAGCAGCAUUCCGAUACUUAGCCCUAUUCCACGAGGAUGGAGAAAGUCGCGUAGAAAAUCGUGCGCUGAUCAGAGCUGCAAGAGACUCCUUGAUCCGAUGCUGGGGCGAGUACCGAGGAUCGGACGUGGCACUGUUACCUCAGUUUGCUGCCUUUCUGCGAAUAAGGCCGGUUUCGUCAUGCUGCUUCUCCGAAAGAUCCGAGCAAAUAUGGGAGAGAUUUCAAUAUAGUGUACCGGGCUAA